AUGUCACCAGACAAGAACUCCACCUCGCGAGCAAAGGAGUUCUCAUCACCACCAAUUCAAGUCCCAAUUCUCAAUGCCACCAAUUACACGGUUUGGGAUACAAUUGAACCUGGAACAGAUGAUGCAGACAAAAACAACAUUGCCAUUCGAUUGCUAUUUCAAGCAAUACCAGAGUAUCUUGUUUUACAAGUUGGUGAACAACAAACUUCAAGAAAUAUCUGGUAUGCAAUAAAAGCACGAAAUCUCGGAGUUGAUCGAUUUAAAGAAGCCCGUUUGCAAACCUUAAUGUCUGAAUUUGAAAGAAUAAAGAUGAAAGAAACUGAUGCUAUUGAUAACUUUGCAAGAAAGCUAUCAGAAAUAGCCUCAAAAGCUGCAUCACUUGGACAACCUAUUGAAGAAAACAAGCUUGUCAAGAAGUUUCUCAACAGCUUGCCAAGAUCAAAGUACAUCCAUAUCAUAGCCUCUCUCGAGAAAGUUUUGUAUUUAAAGACAACAAGUUAUGAAGAUAUAAUUGGGAGAUUAAAAGUUUAUGAGGAAAGAAUUCUUGAUGAAGAUAACAAUUCAGAAACUCAAGGAAAACUUUUGUAUUCAAAUUCUUCUCAAACAAAUGCUUCAACAACAAGAGGAAGAGGUCGUGGAAGAGGUGGAAGAGGCAACAGAAGAGGAAGGGGAGGAAGAAUACAAAAGAUUGAAGAAGCAAAUAAGAAUGAAACAAGUGAAGCAGAAACAGCCCUUUUCAUGCAUGAAGUGAUUUUCUUAAACAAAGAGAAAUUAAUACCAAAGAACUAUGAUUCUAAGGAUGGAGAAGGAGGAAUCUGGUAUUUAGAUAAUGGAGCCAGCAAUCACAUGACUGGCAAAAGACACUAUUUCUCUGAACUCAAUAAGAAAAUCAAAGGGAAAGUAAAGUUUGGAGAUGGAUCUUCUGUAGAGACUGAAGGGAAAGGAUCAAUCCUAUUUCAAAGCAAAACUGGAGAACAGAAGCUUGUCACAAACAUCUACUUCAUUCCAAACUUAUAG